CUCUCUGUCUUUCCUUCCUCAAACCCCGCCCCGCCACGCCGCGCGAUGCUUGGAUCUCCCGCCUGUCGCCAAGAAGGGAACCGGCUCCCAAGACACACGCCUUUCGCCGUGAACCUACCGCCCUGCUGGAUCCUACCCGCUCCUCAAGUCCGCCGCCCGCGCCCCACCACCACGACUCCUCACCCACCUCGAUAUGGCCACCCAAGACGUCCCCAACCAGAGGCGUCGCCGCCAUAGCAUGUCGCUGCACGACGUGCGCAGCGCCCAUGUGCCACUGCUGCAACACGACGACACCCAAAUCAAAAUCGGAAGGACGCGCGGUGAGCACAUGCCGGAACCGGGAACCGAAAACUACAAGAGCUAUGCCACGCACCGCAAGCUCGCGCUGGAAAUGGCCCUAAAGGAGCUCCAGUGUGAACUCAACGCCCGGACUGCCGUGCAAUGCUUGAGCCUGGAGAACGAUAGGCUGAUCAUUCAAUAUCAUAGCCAGAGCAAGCUCACCCAGCAAGAGCUGAGUGACCUCCAGAAGGCCACCCACUUCGACAAGAAGGAGUUACAGCAAUGGUAUAAGGGAUUCCUGAAGGAUUGCCCCUCUGGCAUGCUCACCAAGGAGGAGUUCCAGAAGAUCUACAAGCAGUUCUUCCCCUUUGGCGAUCCAUCGUCAUUUGCAGAUUAUGUCUUUAACGUAUUCGACGCGGACAAGUCGGGCUCGAUCGACUUCAAGGAAUUUAUCUGCGCUCUGAGUGUCACCAGCCGAGGAAAGAUGGAGGACAAGCUCGACUGGGCAUUCCAGCUAUACGACAUUGACGGCGACGGCAAGAUCAGUUACGAGGAGAUGCUGGCUAUCGUUGAGGCGAUAUACAAGAUGGUCGGUUCCAUGGUUAAGCUGCCGGAGGACGAGGACACGCCCGAGAAGCGUGUGCGCAAGAUCUUCCGCAUGAUGGACAAGGACGAGAACGGCAGCCUGGACAUGGCUGAGUUCAAGGAGGGCUCCAAGAGGGACGAGACGAUUGUCUCUGCGCUUUCUCUCUACGACGGUCUUGUCUAGGCGUGGCUGUUUUUUGCCUUACCUUUUCUUCACUCUUUCCUGAGCUUGUGAUAUCACAUUGGGUUUCCCCUAAAGCAUUGGCGGAGGUUUUUGAUUUUAGCUUUGCUGCGGAAUGCACCCGGCAUGUCAACAGAUAUUGCACCGGGACAACACGCGAUGGCAUGGGCACGCGACAUUGAAUUGAAUGUAUUUCCCUUCAAGCGAAUAAUACCGGGGACGUGAAUGUGUGGC